AUGUUUUACGAUUUCGGGCCGAUGGUUGCAGCGACAUCUGCGAAUUCGGUUUCGCUUGCCAUUCCGACCAACACUGGCAUUUCGCGGCCAUCCGGGACGAGCAGCAUCGAGAGUGCUCCACCACCGACACCGACUGUGGCCCCGUCGGCUCCGACAACCGUGCCAAAGCGCCGCCAGAUCUAUCGCUUCACGUCGAAUCGGCCGCUCUUUGCAGCCGGCUGGUCCAGCAAGACGAAUCCAGAAAAGCGUUGGCGCAUCGCGGUUGGCAGCGUGGUGGAGGAGAAGCCGCACAAUAAUCGGGUCUGUCAGACUGCUUGCUCCUGGUGUUGUUCUCACGAAAAUGAUGCGAAACGAGUUUCCAUCGUGCAACUCGAUGAGCAGCAGGGUGAACUGAACAAUGUCUAUCCAGAUUUAUUGGCAACCAGUGGUGAAUGCUUGAAGAUUUAUCGUGUCGAAGCUAACUCUGUGAUGGUGGAAUGCAUCAUGAACAACAAGCAGGCUUCAAAUUUCUCAGGCCCUCUGACGAAUUUCGAUUGGAAUGAUGUCGACCCAUCACUGAUCGGAACAUCUUCUAUUGAUAUGAGCUGCACCAUAUGGCAACUUGAGACGGGCCAGGCGCUUGCACAGACUAAGAAAACCAGUGGAAGCGUAAAGACACAGCUAAUUGCACACGAUAGGCCAGUGCACGAUAUCAAAUUUUCGAAGAUAAACAAUGGACGCGAUAAUUUCGCCACCGUCGGUGCGGAUGGCAGCGCUCGGCUUUUCGACUUGCGCAACUUGCAACAUUCAACAAUUGUUUAUGAGGAUCCACUUCGAUCUCCUUUAAUGAGACUUGCAUGGAAUAAACAAGACAGUCAUUAUCUGGCUACGUUUGCGCAGGAUUCAGCUGAGGUGGUAAUCGUUGAUAUACGAAUGCCUUGUAGUCCAGUUGCUAGGCUUCACAAUCAUCGAGCCUGUGUGAAUGGUGUCGCUUGGGCUCCCCACUCUGCCUGUCAUAUAUGCACCGCUGGAGACGACCAUCAGGCGUUGAUUUGGGAUAUCUCAGCAAUGCCGAGGCCUGUUGAAGAUCCAAUAUUAGCAUAUCAAGCUGGAGGAGAGGUAAAUCAGGUGCAUUGGUCAGCUUCACACAUCGAUUGGAUUUGUAUAUGUUUCGGGAAAUGCUUGGAAAUCCUUCGCGUCUGA